AACUGUGUUUAUAAAAUAUAGAGCAUACCAAUAUUGACUCAAAGUGUUUAAACUUCCUAUAAUCACAUUUUCAUUUUAUUGUACAUAAAUACCUACAUAUGUACUAUACAAGCGUCAAACCGACUGACAUCUAAAAAGCAUAUUAACUAUUCAUAAUGUUUUAUGCUCUUAUCACAUCUAUAUUAAGUUUACUUUCUUGUUGAUGUUGGGUGGUGGAACAAGUUGCUUUAGGUACGAUUUUGAAAAUCAAUAAUAUUUAAAUCAGCUUCACAAUACACUUUCAGUCAAAAAUAUUUUCUCAGAUUAUACCUGAAUACAUGAAUAUAGGAAUAGCAAAACUUAGCAGUUAAUAGGGAGACAGAAACAUCUCCUUCAAACAUUUAUUUAUCGGUCUAAUUAAUGGAAAACGGUUCUUCUGAAAUAUGUUGACUAUCAAGUUAAGUUUUGGAACAUGUAGUUUAAAAUCCGCCAAUCUUCAAUUAUUUGGAAUUCAGAAGUGAGCUUUGGCCGGCAGCGAAUGCGUCGAUAAUAGUCUGGAAAUCCAACUUCCUAACUAAUUUUGCCUCUAAGCACAGUGUAACUAGUCCUAAAAUCCUGCCAAUAAAACGAACGUUCACUACUUGAAACAGAAACGGUACCUAUGGAUUGACUCUGCAAUAACGGAUAAAUUAGCACUGGUAACUCUGCUGAUAUACUGCAACCAUUCGCAAUAGUUUUAAUCAUAACAUUAGCAGCUGAUCGUAGCUUUUGAUUCUAUUGUGGUGGAUGUAAAAGAUUUUGGAAGUCCGUAAUAAUAAAUUACAAAUGUCUCGUUUGAUUUUGCGUUCCUUGCGUAGUUCAGUGGGAGGUUUACGCGGUAGCAAUCGCUUAUUUAAUAGUUGCUUUCUUCCAACGAAAAAUUUUACAUCGUUUCAAAGUUAUGGAGCGAUUCCUACAAAUAAGGCGCUGUUGGAUAAUAAAUCCUCCGUUCCACUUUAUCAAUAUCGCCGCAAUAUGUUUAUACAGACACAAGACACACCUAACCCGGACAGUCUAAAAUUUUUGCCCGGCACUGACGUACUAGGAAAAGGUAAUACAUACGACUUUCCCAGUGUAUCCUCAGCGUAUUGUAGUCCCUUAGCGAAGCUUCUCUUUCGUAUCGAUGGGGUGCGUGCUGUAUUCUUCGGUGCCGAUUUCAUAACAAUAUCUAAAGAAGAAGAAACGGAUUGGGCUAUUAUUAAGCCAGAAGUUUUUGCUAUAAUAAUGGACUUUUUUGCCAGCGGUCUACCAAUACUGAACGAAGCUAAACCAAAUUCAGAUACGCAAAUCGAAGAUGACGACGACGAUGUGGUUAUGAUGAUUAAAGAACUUCUUGACAGUCGUAUCAGACCCACUGUGCAAGAAGAUGGUGGAGAUAUUAUAUAUAUGGGUUAUGAAGAUGGUGUAGUUAAGUUGAAGAUGCAAGGUUCAUGUUCUUCCUGUCCAAGCUCUAUUGUUACACUUAAAAAUGGGGUACAAAAUAUGUUGCAAUUCUACAUACCCGAAGUAGUAUCAGUUGAGCAAGUUUCUGAUAAAGUGGAUAAGUUCGCAGAAAAAGAGUUUGAAAAAUUCGACAGCAAAAUCAAGUUGAAAGAACCUUCACCGACAAAUGAAACCCAAGCUUAAAAUACUAAAUAUUAUUAGUUUAAUGUUGUUAAAUGUACCAAAUUGUACGCAGUAUAACGGGGUAUAUAAUGUAGGUAUAUGCAUAUAUAUAUAAGAUGUUACGUUGAUUUGAAUGAAUACAAAUAAUAUGAACAUGUAUAGACGUACUAUAACUAUACAUGAAAUUAUUCUAAA